GAGUAUCAAUUUUCUAGUACAGUAUUAUAUAAGAUGGAAAUAUAGGCAUGCAUGUUCUCUUUAUUGUGCAAAUUAACUUUAUUCAUAUGGUGGGCUGCUCCUCAAUGAUUUUCUCUUUUCCCUUUUCACUCAUCCCCACACUCAUUUCUUUGUCUCUUUGAGAAGGAAAACAAGAAAAUUUCCAAGAACUGGUUUUUUUUCCCUGAUUCUUUUUGGGUUCUGGAAUUUUGCAUUUUCUUGUUUGGAACGUGAUAUUGGGUUUUACCAAACAAGGCUUCGAGCUCAAGAGAAGGAGAAAAUGAUUGCUUUUCCUUGCUGCAAAUUUUGUGAGGGGUUGUUUCUUUUGCUUCACUUCUGUGAGUUCUAAGGCGGCUUAUCUAUCAGUGAUGCUAGAUUGAGCCAUGGACUUAGACUUCGACAAGUAUUGUCUUGUAGAUGGAAGUCCCACAACCGUGCUACCCGUUCCUAGGCCUCGUUCGUGUGUUGCAGGUAGAAAACCAAGUGGAAAGCGCGAAUUUGGGAAUGAGACACCAAGCCCCACUGAGUUUGAGAUUGAUUUUGGUGACUACUGUAGCGGAUCGUGUAGAGAUGUCCGGUCCCAGAGAAUUAGUGGUGAAGUGCUGAAGAGAGGAUCGGUCUAUCAAAGCUCCAAAGAGGCAAAACUGAUUCAGGAAACGGAUGCUGCUGUUGGGAGGAAGAAGAUUGAGUUCUCUCCACGAACUGCAUCCUCACUCUCAAUAGAAAUCAUUGAGUCAUUGUGCAAUUCGGAUGAAGAGAGCUCGGUGAUGUCUUUCUCAGAACAAAGCACGGCUUCAGGUUAUGCAAAUGGCGUAGAAUUCUGCUAUGAUGAUUCUACUGAAGAAGCUAGUAGUCCUCGAGGAAAAGAUGUAGCUCUCAGUUUGCACGGGCCGUUGUCUGCAAGAUUUGGUUUGCCCCAUUCACCUGCCAAUUCAGGUCGUGAUAGCUCAAGAGCCAGCAGCAGUUCGAGGGGCAGGUUUAGCCACGUCAGAAAUAUGCUCGACCCUUUCGUUAAAUCCAAGUCUCGCAGAAGUCCAUUGUGUAGUUUCAACAAAACUCAUGGCGAGACUACAAGUGGUAGACCGAUGUUGGGUGACAUAUUUGAGAAGCCACACCAUGUGGAAUAUGAUCAUCAAUAUGAGGAGAAAAAAGAAACCCAUAAUUCAGUUCCACGGUGUUCUCCUGCACACCUGCACGGCCUUCUCAAGAUGGGAAGCAAGCACGGUGCACCAUUUUUUCAGUUCUCAGUCAAGUCACCGGAAGAUUUUUAUGUGGCAAAGACGUGGAAAGUUGAGAAUGCCUCGACUUGGAUUUACACGUUCCAUGUGUUUCCUAAUAGAAGAAAGCGCGGUGCUAGUGGAUGGGGGCUUAAAGAAUGCAGCAGAGAAUCAUCUAUGGUUGGAUGGAUGCAAGUUUCGUGUCAUCUGCAUACAGAAUUUGAAGGUGCAGGACAGUCGAAUGAUUCCAUGAUGACAGAGUUUGUGUUAUACGAUGUUUUACAUUCAAGAAAGAGCAUCGGUGACACUGGUCAAUUUAUGUCAUCUAAAUUGCACCCGGAGCUAGAAAUUGCAGCCAUUAUUAUGCAAGCCCCGUUGGAGAAAAGGGAGAGCCUCAAAUUUAAGAGUGGUGAUAAGAAAAUUGAUGAGACGUCUCCUAACUUGCUAGAUCAUUGUCGGGUUGUAAAAGCAAAGGAGGGCGUUUCUGAUACUUCAAAUCCGGGGAAGAUGCACGUUGUGAUACCAGCUGGAAACCACAGUUUACCCGCCAGUGGAAGCCGUGGCCCUUCACCAUUACUAGAUAGGUGGAGGUCGGGUGGAGGAUGUGACUGUGGUGGCUGGGACAUGGCCUGCCCCCUUAGUGUUUUCACGAAUAAGAUUGCUGAGGAGCAUCGGACAGAGCUCUUUGUUCAGGGAAGAAGAGAUAAUACACCGGCAUUUACCAUGAGGGUGAUCGAGGGUGGGAAGUACGCAGUUGAUUUCCAUGCACAAUUAUCCUCGCUGCAAGCAUUCUCCAUCUGCGUUGCUAUCUUGCACGCUGCAGAGGCCUCCCCCACCGGGCGGGAGAGGAGCAAGCCGAUGCUGCAGAGUGAUGCGCUCAAGGUAUACACCGAGGAGGAGAUCAAAACCAUGCUAGAUGCAAUAGCAAAGGAAGAGAAAUCCAAAGUCAAGAAGAUAGAACAAGCUGUGCCAUCUUUUGUGCUCAGCCCACCAUUCUCUCCAAUAGCUCGAGUCUAGGCUUUUUACACGAGCUAGCAACAUUAUCUUCGACCCUAGGUAGGCGGAAGUUCCCGAGGGCAAUCUCGAGAUUGCACCUGUGUUUUGGUGGAGACAACACAAGGGCUGAAGAAGCAAUCAACAUUGUUGGCAAAGAUGGUGAUGCUGUGUCACUGCAUUCUUUCAUGGUAUACUCAUCAGCCUUUCUUCAUGGCCGAACAUCAAGACACGCAGAUUAGGUAGUCGUGACGGAGAAGUGGUCGGUAGUCGUCGCGAUGGAGAAGAGAAUAGUGGUUUUUGAUUUAUUCUUUCUGUAACUUAAGGUGGUGGGAGGAGAAUGUAUAUCCUGCUUUCUGCUGAGUUACUGAUAGGAUUGCAGGAUUUUUUUUUUUUUUUUUUAUAAUGAUAUAUAGUACUCCAUAAAGUAUUAUUAACGUCUGUCACAUGUAUAAAAGUUAUAGCGAUAGCGUACAUGUAGAAUGUAUUGUAUUUGUAGUAACGAUAAUAGAAGAUGGAACAACAUUUUGUGAUA